CGUUCAGUUAGCAAACGCUGUAGCUAAGUACUGGGUUAAAGAAGUAACUAGCAUGUUGAUUUUUCUCCUUUCCCCUUACUGUCGGGAAUCAUAACGUUUAAGCCAAAAUUCACAUUGCCGUGAAAGUGCUACACUGUAUGUGUACAAACAACGGUAACUGCGGAAAACGCGUAAAUAAUACGGUGUGGUCGUUGGUAGGAGAGGGCUCAGUUAGCAUUUGGCUAACAGGCUAAUUGGUUUAGAGGGGCUUGCGCUAGCCUAGUAGCGUCUCAAAUUUGAUUACGAGACAGCGCUAAAGUAAGAGGAAGACCAGCUGAAGCCUCCCAUACAGAGUUAUUUUUUCUUUCUUUAAAAUAAUGGCUGCCCCGACUACCGAGGCCUUGUUUUUGAUAAAGGAUGUGAAAGCCGGGUCGAAAAAUUUGAAUAUCGUGUUCAUCGUUUUGGAGAUAGGACGGGUGACUAAAACGAAAGAUGGCCAUGAAGUCCGGUCAUGCAAAGUGGCAGACAAAAGUGGCAGCAUAGCAAUCUCAGUUUGGGACGAACUUGGUAGUCUUAUUCAACCAGGAGACAUAAUCAAACUCACCAGAGGUUAUGCAUCCAUGUGGAAAGGCUGCUUGACCCUGUACACUGGAAGAGGAGGAGACCUCCAGAAGAUUGGAGAAUUUUGUAUGGUGUAUUCAGAAGUGCCCAAUUUUAGUGAACCAAAUCCAGAGCUGCUAGCCCAAGCAAACCAGCAAAACAAGUCUGGUAAGCCGGACCAGAACCAGCGAGGAAACUCCCCUCCCAAUCAGAACUCAGGUACACCUGCCCCACCAGGUAACGGUGCCUUGCCACCUUUUGCCAACAACCCACCACCUGGUACACCCCGCGACUCCACCUUUGGGAUCAUUGGACGGCCCAACGGCCGCUCACCUGGCAACGGUGCACCUCCAGUUAACACAGCUGGACCCCCGGCAGCCACAAAGUCCUCAGUUACUAUUAGCAAUGGCAGGGACCCACGUCGCGCCAAAAGAUGAAACCGGGAGCCUUGGGGUGUGCCAGUGGGGGUCCAAUGGUUUCCCUCUUCUCCAGUUAGGCUCGCUCUUGACCACAACCUGUAUCAACAUCAUAAAUGAUCCAUUUGCAUUUUUUAAGUCCCAAAACUCUGUGCUCGGAUGUGUCAUUAGUCUUUUGGAGUACAAGUACACUUCUCAGUAAGCCAAACCUGGCAAACAUCAUCUACAAGCGUGCACAAUGGUUGCAAGUCGGCAGUGGUUUGAGUCCAAACUUGUCACCCCUACGUUUGAAAGUUCCCAGAUUUGUGCCAGCAUCAUCUAUAUCCCCUCUUGUUUUGUUAAACCUUACACCCUACUUGAACACUUAAUGCACUUUCUUCUCUUAAUUUAUGUUGAAACUUUGCUUUUCUUUAGUUUCUCCUUUUUUGUUUGUAAAUUCUGAUGAAGUGGUAAAUGCCUUAAGUGGUUGAGUUUUUGAGAUCCAAUGAGAAGAUUUGAGGGCUCUUCCUGCUCUUAACCAAACUGUACAAAGUGGCUCAGUGAAAAGCAAGAUGUUGUUUUUAAUCAAUACAUUUUAACAAAUUUAGACAUCUCAGAUCAGCUCUUAAUGUCAAAACAUUGUUUUUUUCACUGCCUUGUACAGAAAGUUGUCCAGAUAAUUUUUUCUUUUAAAAUCCUGAUCUAAAGACUUUGUCUUCUAGCUAUAAUUUUGGAAUUCGCUCUAUACACUGUUAUACUCCAUACAUUUUUAAUUAAAACUCAACUACAGAGGUAGCCAUUAACUUUUUUAACUCUUUAGCUCCAUCUAGUGUUAGGAAAAUGACAUUUUUUUGUAUUGCUUUUCUGAAAAAUGUACAGUGAGAAAGAAACCGUUGCAUAUUUAAUUUCUCACUGUGUCACAGUAAAAGAAUUAAAGUUUUUUUUCUAUUGCCUAUGACUACAAAA